UAUAGUUAACGGAGCGCCGAGCGGCUGUUUUCCGGGUUCACACUCACUCAGCAUGUAGAGGAGGCGGACCGCCGGGAGACACCUGGACCACCGAGGACACACCGGAGCCCCGACACACACGGGAUCGAUCCGCACAUAUCGAUCAGCUAUCAGUGAAGCAUGGGGAACCUGAUCAAGGUGUUAACCAGAGACAUCGACAACAAUGGUGGAAACUUCUUCCUGGACUUUGAGAAUGCUCAGCCCUCACAGUCGGAGACGGCGGUGUGGGAGGAGGUGAACCAGGUGCUGACGGAGGCUCGGGUCAUCCUGGACGACCUGCAGGCGUACAGAGGAGCCGGAGAGGAGAUACGACAGGCCAUCCAGAGUCCUGGCGUGGAGGGGGUACAGGAGAAGGCCUGGGCAGCUGUGGUUCCUCUAGUUGGUAAACUGAAAACCUUCUAUGAGUUCUCCCAGAAACUCGAGUCCAGCCUGCGGUGUCUCCUGAACAUCCUCACCAGUUCGGGUUCGACUCCCACUCAGCACCUGGAGCAGAAACAGGCACUGGCUCGUCAGUUCGCCCACAUCCUGCACUUCACGCUGCGCUUCGACGAGCUCAAGAUGACGAACCCGGCCAUCCAGAACGACUUCAGCUAUUAUCGCCGAACCAUCAGCCGCAUGCGGAUCAACAACCUGUCUGCCGACGCAGGAAAUGAGGUCAACAACGAGCUGGCCAAUCGGAUGUCUCUGUUCUACGCCAGCUCCACGCCGAUGCUGAAGACGCUAAGUGACGCCACGUCAAAGUUCGUCUCAGAUAAUCCAGACGUCCCGAUUGAAAACACGACAGACUGUCUGAGUACGAUGGCCAGCGUGUGCAAAGUGAUGCUGGAAACACCGGAGUAUCGUAGUCGCUUCGCCAGUGAGGAGACAGUGUUGUUCUGCCUGCGUGUGAUGGUCGGCGUCAUCAUCCUGUACGACCACGUUCACCCGGCCGGGGCCUUCGUUAAGACCUCCAAUAUAGACAUGAAAGGCUGCAUCAGAGUGCUGAAGGAGCAGCCGCCCAGCAGUGUGGAGGGAUUACUCAACGCUCUCAGGUAUACGACCAAACAUCUGAACGAUGAGGCUACCUCCAAGCAGAUCAAAAACAUGUUGCAGCCAAAUUAACUCAGUGCUUCUUCAGCAGAGGUGAAACUGGAACGAUCCAAAAGUGUUGUGGUCCAAAUUUCAAGAGAACUACUGAACAAACCUUUAGCUAACAUUUCUUUGUUUUAACCUCAGUUAUUGUUGUAUGUUUUUACUCUCAUUUGAACAAAGUGCUGGUUUUUGUUGUUAUAUAAAAAAAAGGAGAGAAAAGAAAAGAAAAAGAGAAGAGAAACUUUUAGUUGGUUGAUCCAAGAAAAGAUGUAAAAUUGUGCUCGAGCUGCGUUCAUGUCACAUUUACAACCAAUGCAACCUGUUUAUUCUGACACCUAGUGGACGUUCAGAUUAGUGCAGUUGACUUUUUCUAAUUACUUGCGCUGGCUGUUUCAAAUUUCCAAAAUACGUCACAGACAGAAAACACUGCAGUGAAUUGACUGAUAUAUAUAGUUCUGCGGGCGCCCCCUAGAGGUGGCAGGUGUCAUUACAGCCACAAUAUGAGAAAGUAUUGGAACAAGGUAUCAGACCUCUGAAUUGCUGCCUAUAUCUACAACAUCAGUGUUUCAUGUGAGUGUUUGUGUUUAGCUCAUUGACGACUGUUUCCACCACCUCCACAAACAGUUAACCAAUCAAAUCUUUGAAACUGGGAUUCAGAACGGAGAUGUGAAAUUGCCACAAAAAUGGCAACGUGUGGAUGAGACGGACGCAGCUGUGAAAGCUGUUGCUGCAGCAUCAAACAUUUAAAAUCAUCCUCAGGAGACCGUAAUUAUCCAGGCCUCUCUAGAACCUGCAGAGGGGUCUGCUGGAUUUGAAACGAGUGAACAGCUCGACCAUCAGCUGACUUAAAAACCUUUAUAUUUACCGUUCAUUUGUCUGCACUUCUGAUGUGACGUGAAUGCAGCUUUCAGAUCUGUUAGCUGCCGUUUGUUGACAGUCUGACAUCAUCACUUCAGACCCUUUUCCACCACAAGAACUUUUUCCAGAACCGUUUUCAAGAACCCAGGAACUUUUCAUGUUCUGAUUGAAUUAUUCCUUGCGCCGCAGAUCCUACCUCAGAAAAAGUCUCUGUGGCCGAGGUCCAACUUGUCAGUUGACUGAACUGCUGGAGGGAACAUCACGUACUGGUCAAACAAACACAAGCUCAGAAUCUUAAAGGAAAGAAUAGUACCGUUUAUCAUAAUUUGGGUUCAUCAGUUCCACAGAUAAAGAUAGAAAAUACAGUUUGGGUGAUUAUUUUCAUCAUUUUCUCGACCACAUAAGUGUCAGUUCAUUUUCUCAACCGGCCUCUUGCUAUGAGCAGUGGGGUCCUAUGUGAUCAUCAACUUUCUACCAAAGUCAGAGCAGUUUGGAUUAUUCAGCAUGAGAGAUUUCUGUAUUUGUUUUAGGUUGUUGGCUUGUGUUGCCGGCACUGUCGAUCAAAUGUGAUCAAACCACAUCCACACAGUCCUGAUGAAGCAGAUCAUUAGAUUUUUAUUUUAAGCUGAACACAACCAAGGAUGACUUUUUUUUCAAACCUGAACAGCUGCCUUUUCGGUUAUUUAUAUUUAAGGUUUAAAACCAAGUUUUCAUGGGAUUUAAAGGGACAGUUUACUCUAAAAUCAAAACUACAUAAUCUUCCUCUGACCUGUAGUGCUAUUUAUUGGUCUAGAAUUGUUUUGGUAUGAGUUGCCAAGUGUUGGAGAUAUCGGCCGGAGAGAUGUCUGCCUUCUCUACAAUAUAAUGGAACUAGAUGGCACUCAGCUUGUGGUGCUCAACACAAUCAAAUCAAAUCAAAUCAAAUCAAAUCAAAUCAAGAAUAUGUAGUCUUGAUUUUGGGGGCGAACGGUCCCUUUAAGUCAUGUUGCUGCAUUCCAAAAUUUAUUGUCAUGACGAUAAAAUCCAAGUGCUCAUACACUGUACUUCCUCUUAAACAACUAUUUUUAAACACAGAAAAGCAGCUGCAGGUCAAAUGAAUCCUAAAUGUCACGCUGUAAUUAGCCUCGACUGCAGAUAUCUUAGAGAAGUUGAAACUCCAAACUGACUGUGCUGGAUUUAACUUUCAGGAGGCGAGCUCAAAACAGAAAAGACGAAAGACAAAUAACAAAAUCAAGUCGUACGUCCACGUGAACAUCUCCAAAAGACCUCCAGUGCCUGGAGAAUAAUCUUUCAGCCUUUAAAGAUGAGUUAGUGAUUCAAAGAAGCAAAACUACAGAUGUCUUCAAUGAGAGCUCUUUUCAUUAGUUUUCAACAGUUUCUUUGUUGUUUCAUGUUUUAGUUAAAUGUCUCUGGAUCUUAGAGCAUCAUGUGACCCGCAUUUCAGAUGAUUCUUACUUCCCUAAAGUCACGCACAGCCCAGAGAAGUUCCUGGUUGCUUGAAUGAGCAUUUCCUGUUGGUGGAAAAGGGUCGAAACUCUCAGUAGCCAGUUUGAUGCUGGUAAAUUGAAAGAGCUCAUUCCUCCUCAGAGGAUGAGUUGUGGGUGUCACUGUCAUCGGAUGGUUCCCAUUUAAACGUUUAUCAGACUAACCUCAUCCUUUAAGUCUUUUCUCUUGCAGAACUAGAACACUGUGUUGAAAAAAAAACACCUCAGAGAAAGCAGAGGUCUCACCUUUGUGCUGUUUGUCCAGGGAAGUUUUCAUGUGCAUCGUCUUCUUCACCUCUCUGUGGUGCGUUAUCGGCUCCUUACUGCCCCCUGAGGCUGGAGUGCAGGAAACACUCACUGUGACUGAGAUUUAAAGGUCCAGUGUGUUAGGUUUAGGGGGAUUUAGUGGCAUCUAGUGGUGAGGAGAGCACAUUGCAACCAGCUGAAACUUUCCUGGUUAGAAUUCGCUCAUUAUUUAGGAGGUUUUUACCGGGAGCUGAAUUAUCUCAGAGAACUCUUCAUCUCCGAAACAAACAGACGAGGGGCCAAAAUGUUAGCAUUGUACAUUUCUACAAACCACGAAUAUGUUACCUUUGUACAUUUCAUACGUGUCAUAUCAGCGUCUCUAAAGUGACAAAGUAUAUGAGGUGGGGAAUGGUGUGACACAUAGGCAAGACCAACAAAUCGGAUGUGAUAUAGUGAGUCAUCGCUGCGUUUCCAGCAGCUUUUUAAAAACCAAACACAGGUGUUUUUUAGGGACCCGUCACUUUGUUCCCACCUGGUAUACUGUCACAACAAGCGGUUGUUUUUCACAGAGACAUUGCUGUGUGUCAAUCAGGGAUUGAACCCCCAAAACAGGGUACUUUAGUCCGAAACAUGAUCUUUUCCGAGCCAUAACCAAGUGUGCCUUAACGUUACCACAAAUUUAACCACAGCGUUGUUGAAACAUAAAGUUUCAAGUUAUCUGCUACAUAUAACGCAUAAAUUUAACGUAUCAGUGGUUUGUAAAAAUGUUCCAAUCCCAACAUUUGUUUUGCUGGUUGAGUUGAUGUUUUGGUUUCACAAGAGAAAAGACUUCAAGCAGGGAGAUUCACUUGUUGGUUUGACAAAUGCACAUCUAGUUGACCUUCUUCAGGAAGCAUUUUAAACCGUUUGAUGAGACAGUCCCAAACAAUUCAGGCUCUUGCGACUGUAAACGAGGAGUUUUUAAAAUGGUGUCCUCAGAAUGAUAUUUAAACCCGAUUUUAUUUCUGUUUUUGCAGUUACAUUUCCAAUGUUAAUCUAAAAACUUUUUAAGGUACGGUAUGAUUUCAAAAACAUUAUUAUUAUUUUUAUUUUGAGCUGUGACAUGUGGACGGCUGUAGUAAACUGGCUGCUGAGAGCAGUUUGGAAUAGCGAAGAGAAGGAGAACCACUGUGACAGAGACGAUGCGGUACUGAAACGAGGGAAACCUCAGACUGAUGUGGACUUUAGUUUUCUCCAUGUGUGGACUGAUCUGAUCCGCGGGACUGAUGACUGGAAAUCUUCACGAGCUUUUUGAUUUGCUUUGUAUGUUAACGCUGCAGUGUCAGGGAUUGUAUGGCAUUAAUUGUUUUAAAUGAUGUUUGUGUUGGCCAAAUAAAGUUUUUACAUUUUUAAGAAAAAUAUGAUUCUGCUAAAA